UUCUUCUCUGAACCACAACCCUAACCACCCAAACCACCACCCAACCCCAGCCACCUCCGUCCAACUACAACGCCACCACUAGUGACCACCUUCGCCCACUCUCUCUCUCUCUUCCUUCUUCUCUUUCCUCUCCAUUUCCUCUUUCAUCAUUUCACUUCCUCUCUGGGCAAAACCCUGUCUCCGUGACAGCAACUAGGGCCCACGCCAAGUCUCCUUUCACAACCCUCAGUCCGGUGAGCAGCCACCAACAGCAGCGAACUUCUGUGCCGCUGCAACCUCCGCCUCGCCCCGCUUUCUUCGCCCUUCUUCUUCCUCAGCGCAGGAUGCCUCGCAAAGAAAAGGGGAAAGCCAACCCUUCGGCUCCUCCUCCUACACGUCUAAGCACUCAAUCGGACACUUUCGUCAAUGAAACGGCCCAAGAGCAAUACAAAAAAUUAGAAAACAAAGCCUUUCACUAUGAAAGGAAGCUCAAUGUACCGGAUAAAUAUGCGAAACUCAUUCAUAAUAGACUCAAUUUCUGCCAGUGGAAGUUCAUAGAAUUAGACCCGGUGGAAAUUAAUGAACACCAGGUCAAAGAAUUCUACGGAAAUCUACUGAAGAGAGAGACCACCACUGUUUUUCUGAGACGUGUCACACUAGACACCUCUGACCAUGCUUUAGAGACCCUCUUGCAGAUUCCGCAUAUUUCUCCGGCCAAUGAUGCUUACCCUAAAAUAGUGAAGGACUUGACAUCAGGCAAGCUUUCAUUGGACAUUGUUCUGAAGAAGAUUGGGCUACCAGAGGCCCGAUGGGAAUACAGCAGCAGCGAGAAUACGGUCCCACUAAGCAUUGCGUGCUCCGACCUAACUCUAGAGGCGAGGAUCUGGCAGCAGAUCAUUGCCGACUACAUCUUGCUGAGCACGCAUGCUACUCAUAUUCGCGUUCGUGUGGCCGUGCUUCUUUGGGUAUUCUGGAGGGGAAGAGGAUCUUUGUUCUUCCCCUUAUCAGAGACUCGAUGUGGAAGGUGACCCAACAACAGAAGUACAACAUUCUCUUCCCUUCGAUGAUCACCAGAUUAGCUACUUUGUCUAGGGUGGAGAGACGUCUGACAAAUCGGACAUCUGUCUAUGUCAGCAAACACCCGUACCUGCCAUACGGGGAAUAUGAUGGGCCGCCUCAAAAGAAGAGGAAGACCACAGAGCCGCCAUCAUCAUCAGAGCCCUCAGCACCUACUGCACCGUCCGCACAUACACCUCAACUUCAGACACCUUAUGAGUUGGGUCGGGAGAUUCUUCAGACCCUCCACCGCUAUGAGCGCCACAAUGCGCAUCGUUUUCAGUGGAUUGUGGCAAAGUUUGAGGGUAGAGACCCUGGGCCACCUCCUUCGGAUACACCAGAGCUUGAGGCUGAGAUCAAGGAGGCGGCAGUAGAGGAGCCAGCAGUUGACAGAGCUGAGGAGAGAGCUGAGCAGCCAACAGAGCCAUCUGACCAGGCCGUCCAAGAGCCAGCAGCUGAGACCACCACAGAGCCUACCCGAGCGAUUAUUGUGUAUUAGCGACACCAGCAUCCACCGCCACCAGACGGUGGAGCUUCCCAGAGUUGACCACCCCCGAUUCGAUUCUUUUAGCACGGAGGACUGUGCAACCAUUUAAGUGUGGGGGAGGAUCUUCUAUUUUUGGGUGUAAAAAUUCUUUUCUCAACACUUGUCAUUUAGUUUAUUUUCAGUUUUUAUUUUGCUUUUUGUGGAUAAUUCUAAUAUUUUGUCUUAUACACUACACUUUAG